AUGUCAGUUCUUAAUCACACAAGAUUCAAUCAUCAGACUUUCACUCUGACUGGGAUCCCAGGAAUGCCUGAGAAGGAUUAUUGGAUAGCUCUGCCACUCUUCCUCCUCUAUAGUAUAACUUUGUUAGGAAAUAUUACUAUCCUCAUAGUUAUCAAACAUGAACAGAGUCUCCAUGAGCCCAUGUAUUAUUUUUUGGCCAUGCUGGCUGCAACUGACCUUAGCCUCUCCUUAUCCUCACUACCAACUAUGCUCAAAGUUCACUGGUUUGGCCAAUAUUCAGUGACCUUUGAUGCUUGCAUCACCCAGAUGUUUUUUAUCCACACCUUUGGAGGAGUGGAGUCAGGGGUUCUGGUAGCCAUGGCCUUUGACCGUUUUGUAGCCAUCCGUUUCCCUUUGCACUAUGCUAUCAUUCUUACCCAUGGUGUCAUAAGCAAAAUUGGAGUAACUAUUUUAUUAAGGAGUGUGGUUGCUGUACUUCCUGUUCCCUUUCUCAUCAAAAGGUUACUUUUUUGCCACUCUAAUGUUCUCUCCCAUGCAUACUGUCUCCACCAGGAUGCCAUGAGGCUUGCUUGUGCUGACACUCACAUCAAUAGCCUCUAUGGUCUACUGGCUGUUAUCUUCAUUAUUGUAUUGGAUGCUUUGGUUCUUCUCUUGUCCUACAUCCUCAUCCUCCAGGCAGUUCUGGGUAUUGCAUCAAGAGAGGAGCGAUUCAAAGUACUCAACACCUGCUUCUCCCACAUCUGUGCUGUGCUACUCUUCUAUGUACCUCUUAUUGCUAUGACACUGCUACAUCGCUUUGGGAAACAUUUGUCACCCAUAGUACAUACAUUCAUGGCAAAUGUUUAUCUACUGCUCCCUCCUGUACUCAAUCCUAUAGUCUACAGUAUCAGAACCAGAGAGAUCCGAAGGCAAAUUGUCCGAGUGUUAUGGAGAACUAAUUCCUGAGAGCCUCAUAUUUCAUGUUCUGUCAACUCAA